CGAUACUCGUUUAUUAUUCCCCCUGUGCUUAAAAAGAAGUGUUUUAUACCUAACUGACCUUUCAUAAGAGUCACAAAGCCGAAUGUAGCAAAUGUAUAAAAUCAUUUCACCCGACUACCAAGUCCAGAUCGUUACGUUAUCCGCGCGUCGCCGGAAGCAGCUGGCAUGAUUAGAUUUCACUGAAGUGUUCAGAGACCGUGGGCGUGGUGACAACGCUUCUGUGCCCGUCAAAAUACGGGGAAAGUCUAACGCGCAUUCGAUAGAUUCGACACGUAUCAAACCUAUAUCAUGGGAGAGCCGGUGCACGCAGCCCAAUGCCCACCACGGGUGAAAUUAGCUGACGUUUGUGACCAAGACCAUCGUGAGCGUCUCGAGCUGAUCCGCUCGAAGUACCACGCAACAUUUGGCAGUGACCCUGAGUUUUACGUCAGGGCGCCUGGACGGGUUAACCUGAUUGGCGAGCACAUCGACUACUGUGGAUAUGCUGUUCUACCAAUGGCAGUCCAACAGGACAUUUUACUGGCCUGCGGACGCAACAACACGACAAUGUUGCAGUUGACCAAUAUUGACAAUCGUUACCCAAGCUACUCAGCGCCCAUGGAUGGUCUAAAGAUAGAUGAUGUUCAACCCUGCUGGCAUCACUACUUUUUGUGUGGAGUCAAAGGAGCUGUAGAAGAUGCAGGAGCUUGUGAACUAGGUGUCCCUCUGCCUGGCUUGGACGUCAUGGUUCAUGGCACCAUUCCACCGUCGGCAGGUUUGUCAAGCUCAAGUGCAUUGGUCUGCGCUGCUGCACUUGCUACACUACAGGCAAACAAGGCUGUUGCUGUACCAAAGAUGAAGCUGGCAUCAUUGUGUGCUGCAUCUGAAAGGUAUAUUGGCACCCAGGGAGGAGGAAUGGACCAGGCCAUUGCAUUCCUUGCUGAACCAGGAACUGCCAAGCUCAUUGAGUUUAACCCGCUGAGAACCACAAGCAUAACGCUACCCGAAGGAGCAACAUUUGUAGUUGCUAACAGCCUUGUGGAAAUGAACAAAGCGGCAACGUCGGAUUUCAACAUCCGUGUUGUGGAAUGCCUCAUCGCUGCACAGGUGAUUGCUAAAGCUCGGGGUCUAGAGCUGAGGAAGCAACUCAAGCUCGGAGAACUCCAGUCGCUGUUACAGGUUCCCUUGCACGAAAUGGGAACCUUGGCCAAGAACAUUUUGCAUCCAGCUGUCUACACAAGGGAUGAACUUUGUACACUCUUUGGCAUGGAUGACGGUCAGUUUGAGAAGUGCUUCCUUGGAAAGAACACAAAGCACCUGCAAGAGUUUAAGCUGUACCAGCGAGCUGUUCAUGUGUACGAAGAAGCAAGCCGAGUAUGGCAGUUCAAGGAUGUAUGCGAAGGAAGUCAUCAGUCCUUGUCGCAGUCAGAGCAGCUCUCCAAGCUCGGACAACUGAUGAAUGAAAGUCACACAAGCUGCCGCGAUCUCUAUGAAUGCAGCCACCCGGACCUUGACCUUCUGGUAGAGAUUUCGCUACAGGCAGGCGCACUGGGCUCCCGCCUCACUGGUGCAGGGUGGGGAGGCUGUAGCAUUUCCCUGGUGCCUACGGACAAGCUGGAGGCCUUCUUGAAGGAAGUUGGCACCAAGUUUUACGGGAAGUUCGGUGACAGCGUGGCAAAAGAUACGGCCAUGUUCGUCACCAAGCCUGGCAGCGGUGCUGCCAUUUUUGUACCCUAGUCACACAUGCCGUAAUACCAAAGGUUGUGAACACGUCUGUGCUGAAUACUCUGGCAAAUUGACAGCUUGAUUUUCUGGCUCAAGGGAAAGACCUCUCCCCAGUCAGAAGAUUUGUCUAAAGUUGUGGGACCAGCAAAAGAAAAAGCCAAAAUGAAUAAACACCUGCCGUUUUCCUUUCUCACCGUAAUACAGCGGCUCGUGAAGAGAGAAAAAUGGUGAUGCUCUUCCAAGCCUACACAAGUCAUAUUCAUACUUUUAUUCUAGCCUGCAAGCUCUGUUGCAUAGCAAUGUUAUUGAUUUUUCUUACUACUUUUGUUGUGGCAAAUGAACAAGAUGCUAGUCUGAUGCACUUCCAUUCCAUUUACCCACAGUUCAGUCAAGAAAAUUGCCAAUUUUUACAAGUAUACAUACAUGCACCAAGGUUUUUAAAUUGCACAUUGUGUGCUUUGCAAGACUUAUGGAGCAAAAGCACAGAACGACAGAAAGCUGAGCUAGUUGGUAAGGAUUCAUGAUGCAAAAAAGGGUGAGGCGUGCUGACAUGGACACAAGAGAAGUGGACAACACGAACGCCAUUGUACACUUCUCUUGUGUCCGUGUUUGCACGUCUUACCCUUUUUUGCAUUAUGAGCAAAAGCAACUGCACUGCAGGCAGUAUUUACAUAAUGCAUUCCGAAGCACAACUUUGUUAUCAGCACCAAACUUUUUCUACCAAUAAAGCUGAUUGUGUUUCA